AUGACAAGUAUUGGCUUGAGCAGGUAUUUGAGUUAUGAUGCAAAGGCUAUUAUAUACAAAGAGUAUGGAGAACCUAGCGAGAAGAUUAUCGUUCACGAUUACAAAGUGGAAUCAAUUAAGAACGACAAUGAGGUGUUGCUUGAAUUGAUUGCGCAUCCUAUUAAUCCAUCAGAUAUUAAUCAAAUCCAGGGAGUUUAUCCCUCGAAACCAGAGUUGUCGGUAAAUUUGUUCAACGACGAAAGCGAGGUGUUAAAGGAGGCCAGUGCGAUUUGUGGGAACGAGGGAGUGUUCAAGGUGGUUGAAAUUGGGAAGAAUGUCAAGGGAUUUGCGCAAAACGACUGGGUUAUCCCAUUGUUUCCCAACUUUGGGACGUGGAGAACUCAUGUGAAAUUGGAUAUGAAAGGAGAAGCCAAAUUGUUCAACUUGAAUAAGGAGAACGAAAAGACAAAGAGGUUUGCUGAAGGCAAUGGAGGGUUGAGUGUGAACCAGGCGGCUACUAUUAGUGUGAACCCAUGCACAGCGUUGCAAAUGAUAACCAAGUUUUUGAAGUUGGAAGAGGGAGACUGGGUUAUCCAAAACGGGGCCAACUCUUCGGUUGGAAAGUUUGUUAUUCAGGUGUGCAAGAACCUCAAGAUCAAUUCAAUCAACUUGGUGAGAGACAAGAGCAGUGAGGAGAAUCCACAGUACUUGGACGAGUUGAAAAGCGAGUUGAAGGAUUUGGGUGCCGAUGUGGUGGUGUCGCUCAGCGAGGCAAAAGAAGACCGAAAGUUGAUUAAGAAGUUGGUGAAGGACGUAAAGGAGAACAACACUGGAAAAGUGAAAUUGGGGUUGAACUGCGUUGGAGGUGAGAGCUGUAUUCCGUUAAUCAAGACCUUGGACGAGAAUGGAUACUUGGUCACCUACGGGGGCAUGAGCAAGAAGCCAGUGAUUCUCUCGACGUCUUCGUUGAUCUUCAAGAACCUCACGUCAAAGGGCUUUUGGAUCACCCGCAACAACUUCCAGGACCCAGAGGAGAAGCAGCAGACGUUGGACCAGAUCGUGCACUUCUACCAGAACAAGCAGCUUGUUGACGCAAAGUCGACUCACAACAUCUGGAAGAAGGGCAUUGCUCCCAGCGAGGUAUUGGCGCUCUACCAAAAGGCCCUCAGCAACUCCAGCAAAAACAUUGUUGUCUACGAGUAG